UAUUAAUCUGGGGGUUGAAGGACAGUCUAGCUUGGUCCCUGGUCACCAGGUUAAUCACCCAGCAUCGAGGAAGCAGCUACCAGAAGCUGGACUAGAGGGGCAAUUUUCCUUCUACUAACACUUCGCCUUAAAGAAACACUAGACCAUGCUCCUGCUUCCUUUGCUACCUGUCCUUCUCCUGUGUGUGGCAGGCAUAUCCUCUUCAAAGUCACAAACUUGUGAGGACGCCCUGAAGACUUGCUCUGUCGUAGCCUGUGGCAGAGAUGGACCGAAAGGGGAGAAGGGAGAACCAGGUCAAGGGCUCAGGGGCUUGCAGGGCCCUCCAGGAAAAAUGGGGCCUCCAGGAAAUGUAGGAGCUCCUGGAAGUUCAGGACCAAAAGGCCAAAAAGGGGAUCCUGGAAACAAUGCAGAGGUUGAGGCAAAGGUGCGGCAGUUGGAGGCAGAGAUAAGGACCUUGAAAUCAGAACUGGAGCACACCAAGAAGUUGCACGCCUUCUCAAUGGGCAAGAAGUCUGGGAAGAAGUUCUUCGUGACCAACUAUGAAACUAUGCCCUUUUCCAAAGUGAAGGCUCUGUGCGCCGGGCUCCGAGGCACUGUGGCUAUUCCCAGGAACGCUGAGGAGAACAAGGCCAUCCAUGAAGUGGCCAAAGGCAACGCCUUCAUAGGCAUCACAGACGAGGUGACUGAAGGUCAAUUCAUGUACGUGACAGGGGGAAGGCUCACCUACAGCAACUGGAAAAAGAACGAGCCCAAUGACCAUGGCUCUGGGGAGGACUGUGUCAUCAUUGUAGACGAUGGGGUCUGGAAUGACAUUUCCUGUCAUUCUUCUUUCAUUGCUGUCUGCGAGUUCCCAGCCUGAGGAAGCUGGUGCCUCCAUCUUCUCUUUGUCUCCUCUCUGGACUCUCAGUUGCUUCCAAAGAAAAUUCAGUACUGGUUUCUCAA